AUGCUCGGCAAGACCCAGGUGAAUUACACCCAGCUGGUAGAACUCUACAAGAAGUAUGCUACCAGCUCGGGUCUUCGCAUUCUUGCCUUCCCUUGUAAUCAGUUUGGCGGACAGGAACCUGGAACCAACGCCGAGAUCAAAGAGUUUGCCGCCAAGUAUGGAGUGGAGUUUGACAUGUUUGAGAAGAUUAAGGUCAAUGGGGAUGAUGCCCAUGAGUUGUGGAAGUUCUUGAAGAAGAAGCAGGGUGGGACACUUGGCAGGUGA